AUGUCCGCCCCCAAGAAAGUCAUCGCUGUCGUAGGCGCCACCGGCAUCCAGGGUGGCUCCGUGGUCAAGGCCUUCCUGCCCAUGGAAAACUGGACUGUCCGCGCUCUCACGCGCGACCCUUCUUCCAAGAAAGCGCGCGAGCUGGCUUCCCAGGGUUGUGAGGUCGUCGAGGCCGAGCUCGCCGACCCUGCCUCCCUCGCCCGGGCCUUUGAGGGUGUCGCCGCCAUCUUCUCCAACACGGACUUCUGGGCCCCCUACAGUCAAGCAAACAAGGCCGGGGAGACCCGCGAAAAGGCCACCGCGUUUGGCUUCCAGGUCGAAUUCUCUCAUGCCAAGAAUGUGGCCGACGAGGCAGCCAAGGUCCCUGGACUGGAGCGGUUCGUCUACUCCGCACUCGGACCCAUGAAGAAGGCGUCCAGGGGCAAAUACCCCAAUUCAGGCCACUGGGAUUCCAAGGCGGAAGCCGUCGACUACAUUGAAGAGUCGUGCCCGGACCUGCAGGGCAAGGUCUCUUUUGUGUAUCCCAGCGUCUACCACACCAACCCGUUCCUGCUGCCGCACAAGUACCCGCACAUUGGCGACUAUGCGAUCAUGCUGCCAGGUGACGAGACAAUGAUGAUGCCCGUGAUCCACACCGAUGUCACGUUUGGCAAGUUUGUCCGUAACUUGAUCGUCGACGAGGAACCCGGUGUUAAGCUCCUGGCGUGCGACGUCGAGGUAACCAUGCGCGAGGUCACUGAUACCUGGAACCGCGUCACUGGCCAGAAGGCCACCAUCACCACGGAGACGGAGGAUAGGAUGCACGAGCUCACUGGCCUGCCGUAUGAGGUCCUUGACGGACCUGCUUACCUGGCCGAAUACGACUUUAUGCAUGGCGUCACGGGCAAGGUGAUCCGGCCAAAGGAGCUGAAGGUCAAGGUCGAGACGAUGACUUUGGAGGAGAUCAUGCAAUCUAGGGGUCUGGAUGCCCUGCUGAGCAUUGAGCAUCCCGAUUUGUAG